CAAUGCGAUGCCUGCUUGAGUAAAGCCCAUAGCUACUAAUGUAUGUGCUUCCCAUUGGGUGGCAUGGGCUGAGCUCACUGGGAAUCCCCUCAGCUCCUUAUAAUUUUAAGACUACCUGACAGCUGCUGGUGUCAGAAGUGCACUGGACUUAACAGAGAUCUAAGCUCACACUCUCCGGCUGGUUGUUUACACUACUUGGACUUCAGCAGUUUUCACAUUUCCGAGACAGAAGAUGCCUAUUUCAAGAAUGCGCAUGAGACCAUGGCUGGAAAUGCAGAUUGAGUCCAAUAACAUACCAGGCCUUGUCUGGGUGAACAAGGAACAAAAUAUUUUCCAAAUUCCUUGGAAGCAUGCUGCAAGACAUGGUUGGGAUUUACAAAAGGAUGCUUGCAUUUUCCAGAGAUGGGCGAUCCAUACUGGGCGGUACAAACCUGGAGAGACUCAACCAGAUCCAAAAACUUGGAAAGCAAAUUUUCGCUGUGCCAUGAAUUCUCUUCCUGACAUAGAAGAGAUGAAAAGUAAAAGUGUUAAUAAAGGCUCUAGUGCAGUUCGGGUUUACAGGAUGUUGCCUUCUGAGGAGAAACCCAAGAGGAAGGGAAGAAAGUCGUACAAAGAACCUAAAUGCAAGAAUAAGAAAAAACUAAACUGCAAAUUGGAAAACACAGAAUGCUCUAGUAUACCAGAUGAUCACAGCACGUAUGCUUCAUCCCAGGACCACUCACCACAGCAAUUAGAAGUUGACAGCACAGUUAACAGUUCAGAUAUUGCAGAUUGUAGUCAUUUGCAAGAAGUUCAGUCAGUCCAUUCCAACAUGAAAGAGUGGGGAUCUGAAGAAAUAAUACCCGACAGCACGGACAAUAUGUUCUCUUUUCAAGUCUCACCGGUUCAUUAUUCAGAUGAAAAUGAAGUACCUGCUGAUGCCUUUUUUCAAGAAGUAGUCAAUACUUUGCAGGUAUCACAAUUGAAUGUAAACCAAACUGAUGGGAAACAUUUCUUGUUAAUGGACCCUGCAUUGUCAAUAGUAUCGAGCACUGAAGAGGAGUGUACAGGCAUAGAAAUGCGGCAUUUCGAUUUAGUGCAGAUGUAAGUGAAGAUUAUUUUAAUUUACUAGAACAUAUUCCUUCAACACUGCAUUCUUUUUCAACACCAACCAUUGCGUGUCCAUUCUGACCCUUCAAAGCAUGUGAAAAGGAGCAUCUUCUGGACAGAAAGGAUUUGAAUAAUGUCACUAAAACUGGUAAAUCUCAUUGAAGAGGUUUGCUUUGGAGACACUUUGCAUCUUUUCCUUCUGCUUCCUUACCAGGAAUGUGUGUAAGCCAUAACUAUGUUUUAACGUCAGAAGUGGAUAUGGGUACAGUAUUCCUCUGAGGUGCUGGAAUUUUGGUGAAGAGACUACAGGUUACUUUUAAAGAGGGUCAUUUGUAGACUCAGUUGCUAAUUUAAAUCCUGCUUACAUCAGAUGCAAAACUACCAUUUCUUGCAGAGAACUAGACAAAAACUUCCCUUUAGGUUUCUUUUAUGUUGCACAGAUCUUUUGCAUGUGUAUAUAUGUAUGUGUGCUCCUCUAUAAAAAAAAAAAGUAAACAUAUAUAUAAUAUAUAU